CAGCACUGUUAGGAAGAGAUAAUGGAUAAAAACUGUCCAUUAUUCGAAGCUGUUCAGGAUACAAGCCUAAUCCAAAAUUCUGAUCCAUCAAUCUAUGAGGCCGAUCUAAAUCUGCCCACCAAGCAGAGAAUAACAAUGAAUUUCCAUAAAAAGAAGCAUCUCGAAAUUUCGAUGAAGGAUUCGAAUGCACUAUUCUUGCACGCCGUCUCACCCGGUACAGAUAUAAAAGUAUGUCACAGAGAUCCAUCGAUUCAGUAAACGUGCAACUGACAACGAGUGAACUCUCUAAGAGAAAAAAAAUAUCAACACAGUGUUAUAUCAGAUUUCAAUUCAAAUUAAAACGUAAAAAAGUUUUGAAAAGAAUAAUAAAGGUGCAUUGAUCGGAUCGAGAAUGUCACUAAUCCCAAAAUUAUUUUCUCAUUGGUGGGAAAUGUUGGAACAACCACAUAGAUUGUACGAUCAACGUUUUGGUAUGGGAAUAUAUCCAGAACAAUUUUUUAGACCAUCCAUGUUAGACAAAUUGGAAGGCAAAAGAUCGUCACCAUUUUCAGUGUGCUCAACAUUUUAUAAGUAUUAUCGACCAUGGGCUGAUCGUAUUCGCGAUGAGAAUACCAGUGGUUGGUCUGUCAUUAAAAAUGAUAAAGAUAAGUUCCACGUAACCUUGGACGUUCAACAAUUCAAACCUGAGGAAGUUAACGUCAAGAUUGUCGAUAAUUACAUCGUUAUUGAAGGCAAACACGAAGAACAACAGGACGAUCAUGGCGUCAUUUCCAGACACUUCAUAAGAAAAUAUUUGGUACCUGAUCAAUGUGAUCCUGAGAAAGCAACAAGUUCGUUAUCUUCCGACGGUAUCCUCACGAUAACAGCACCUAGAAAACCAGAAGCUGUUGAACAAAAGAAAGAACGAAUUAUUAAGAUCGAACAUAUGGUAAAACCAGCGUUAGAAAACGAAGAAAAAAAGACUGCUUCGUAAAAAUAAAAAUUAAUAGAAUCUAUU